UCUGUGAGCGAGGUGCUUCUGGGAACUUUUAUAUUUUUACGUGCAAUAUGUCCAUCAGUCGGAAGAACUGGUCGGCUUUGUCCAGCCUAGCACGCCAGUGGACAGUGGAGGAUGAGGAGGAGGUGGAAAGAGAGAAGAGGAGGAGGGUGAAGAGCUCGAGCAGCUUCGCCGAACCCGAUGCUGACAUCAGCCAAACAACCAGCGACACGCCUACCAGUGACAGUCACUUAGGGGCAGACUCCACAAGUGAGAUGUCCCAGGGCCUCAGCAGUGCGGAGCAGAUGCAACUCGACUUUGUGGAGAUUCUGCGUGCCCGAGAUGAAAAACGGAGGAUGAGGCACGUGGAGACGCUGAGACGACAGAAGGCGGAAGGGGAGGAUGAAGCGGAGGCCUGCAUAGGAGGAGGAAGGGUGGAGCUCCUUGGGGAAAUGGAUGAGCAUCAGGGUAGUGUGGUGCCCACUGUGAAAGCCACAUCGAGCCCACAACCACCCCUAAGAACAGCCCCUGACAGCCCCACCAACAGCAGCGGCAGCAUUACCAGCACGUACAUCACAAACAGACAACAGGAAAAUGGAGAAUCGAUGAGCAAAGACCCUGAUCCCAAGCCAUCGUCCAACCCGGCUCGCAAGUUUGUCAGUUCUGUCUCCAUCUCACUGGACAAAAGCCCCUCCGCCAGCGGGUGCACAAGUCCCAUGAGCCCUCGCUCCCCUACGGCGGUCUUCUCACCUCAACAACACUGGACGUCACCUUGCCAGACCCCCUCACCUUGUGGACCUCAAAGCCCUGUUCAGAAUGGACACACACAGGAGACCAAGAUGAAUGGCUCUUCCCCUCACGGCAACUUUGAACAGACGGACAAACCUGCGUUCAUCAGACAGAGCUCCAGGACUAUCUCUUUCAGGAUGAUGAGGAAGAAAGAAGAGGAGAGUGCGCCGCUGCAGAGAAGUGCGAGCGUGAGGAUGGCCUCCAAGAAGUUUGAACCUAACACAGACCAAAAUGAAGAUGAAAUCAACGCAUCAUCUUUCAAGAGAAACUCUAAGCAGAGGAUUUCAUCCAGGUCCAUUCAGGAGAAGAUGGAGAGACUGGCUCAGGCUGCACAGAAGUCAGAAUUAAUGCGAUCUCCAGAUGUGACCCAGAGGACCCUGUUCCUGCUGGACGAGGUGUCCAGGAAGAGAGGCCUCUUUGAGAAGGAGCAGCAGGCAGCGAGCCCCUCCAGCCCGGGAGUUUCCAGACAGGAAUUCAGGAGCUUCACAUCAGGGAUGUCGGACCGAAUCAACCGCUGGCUCAACAAGAGCGACAGCACUGGUUCUCCACACAACCCAACUGACUUGAGACAUGUGGACAUCACCGCUAAGAGGAGCCUGUUUGAGAGCAGAAAGGAGGGCAGUGUCCCAGAAACCAGCCCUGGUAAAAUCUGAUGUCCAAAGACGUCCAUUUAUUAUUCUCAAAAAGGAUUUAGUAGAUGGUGAGAGGAGACGAAGAGGACCAGAAGAUUAAUGGAUGCCGUGACAGACUGAUUGUUUUUUCAUGCUUUUUUCUUCACUGCCAAAGCACACUGAAGCAACAGAUAUGCCAAAUAGAGAAAAAAAAAGUUUAAGUAGUUUUAAAGGACUGAAAUGGAGAUGACUGCUUUUAAAGUUAGGAUGCUUCGAUCAUACACUUCUGCAUUGCUUCUUGAAAUACAAAUAUGUCUUAUUUCAAACAUCAAAACAGUUUAAUGUGUGAGUAAAAAGAAAAGUAGACUUGAAAAGCAGAAGGAUGUUGAUAUAUUUGUUUUAAAGCUCUUUCUUUAUUCGCCUUAUGUAAUUUUUUCAAGCACUUUAAGCAGGUGAAGGUGUUGAGGAUAAUAAUGCCUAUUGUUAGAAUUGAGAAUUCUGGAGUUUUUGUUUAAUCUGCCAAAAUAUAGUUUUUGUUCUGUUUCAUUGUGGGCAAAAGCCUGCCUGUCUAAGAAAAUAAAAGGUUUUAUUACC